AUGGGGCCAGGAUGGCGCAUUGUGGUGGCGACGUUUGUGGGGCUCGUAGCUCCCCCUCCUGGAUUGGCGGCAGCGGCUCUGGUGAGUGAUGGGAAAACGACAGCCAAUGUGUCCAAGGCCACUCUGUGUUGGCGGACGGAGGAAUUCGAGGUGACCCAGCCAUGUUCCCGGUGCUCCAGUUUUGAGGCGAGAAGGACCCCCGAGUGCCAGGUGACCGGCUUCAUCGAGCACAUCACCUGCAGUGGAAAGCAGGAAAUCAAGAGCUGUCGCUCCGUAGAAAUGGAGGCCCACGCCUUUUGGAAGUUCGAGGGGGCCAUGAUCGGCCUGGUUGCCUUCUUUGCCCUGCUGGUGGUGUACCGGCAGCGAAUGCUCGACCGGAAGGCCCUGGAGAAAGUCCGUAAGCAGAUCGAGUCCAUCUAG